GCAACAAACGUAUGAAUGAAUGAAGCAAGCAUUCAAUUGAAGUAGUCCUCCUCUGUUAACAUCUCCUCUAUCCUCCUAAACUAGUUGUCAUAAUAACCCUGUCCUAAUAACAUCCUUCUCCCAAGUCCAGCUCUUACAUACAAAGUCCUAAACACUUUGUUCUAGCCCAUCACCACUAAAAGUUUCCGCACAUAACAAUUUUUAAGAGUGGUAUCAUAGCCACUUCUAAAAACCAUUAGUGGUAUCAGAGCCUAGUUCGAUCAAGAACUUUGGGCGUUUAUUAAAGCUUGCUUCGAUCAAAUUUGGGCUGUUAAAAUUUGUCCACCAUGUCUACCUCCACCUCCGACCAAUCAUCAAUUCCUCUUCCCAUCUUUAAGGGAGAAAAUUAUGAUUUUUGGAGUAUCAAAACGAGAACUUUCUUCGUGUCUCAAGACCUAUGGGACAUUGUAGACAAAGGGUUCUCGACUUCAGAAAAUCCGUCGGUGGAGCAACUAAGGCAAGAAAAGAAAGAAAGACAAGAAAAGAAAGAAAGACAAAAAGAUGCGACAACAUUUUACGCCAUUCAACUAGCGGUGGACGACACAAAUUUCUCAAGAAUCAUAGGAGCCACAACAUCAAAAGAAGCUUGGGAUUUACUAAAGGAGGAGUUCCAAGGAACUGCAAAGGUACGUUCUGUCAAACUUCAAACUAUGAGGAGAGAUUUAGAAAAUUUAAAAAUAAAAGAAUUUGAGAUCGUAAAAGAUUACUAUUCCCGACUCAAGGAAAUAGUAAAUCAAUUAAGAGCCUAUGGAGAAAAUAUUAGUGAGACUAGAGUAGUAGAAAAAAUACUCAUUAGCCUCACUAAAAAAUAUGAUCCAAUAGUGACUGCCAUCGAAAACUCAAAAGACAUAACAAGUCUUUCGGUGACAGAAUUAAUAAGCUCUCUAGAAACAUUUGAAAAAAGAUUAAGUGGUCGGAAUGAAAGUCCAAUAGAGAAAGUAUUCCGAACUAAAAUCAAUCUACAAUCUCAAAAAGAUGAAAAUGAAAGAAAGUUUGAUGAAUCUUCUAGAGGAGGAGAUAAACCCAAAUAUUGGGUAAAUGAAAAAGAUUUCAAGGAAAAAAGAAAAUAUCCUCCUUGUGGAAUUUGCAAUAAAAAUAACCACAAAGAAGAAGAAUGUUGGUUUCGGGGAAAAACAAAAUGCCGAAACUGUAACAAGUUCGGUCAUAAAGAAGAAAAUUGUUUCUUCAAGAAAAGCCACCGAGCAAACUUUUCAAAGAAGAAGAAUGUUGGUUUCGGGGAAAAACAAAAUGCCGAAACUGUAACAAGUUCGGUCAUAAAGAAGAAAAUUGUUUCUUCAAGAAAAGCCACCGAGCAAACUUUUCAAGGGAACAUGAGCAAGAGGAGCAUCUCUUCUAUACUCGUUAUGACAUGGCAGAUGAAGAGAAAAAUAGAAGGUGGUACGUCGACAGCGGCUGCAACAAUCAUAUGUCAAAAGACAAGAACAAUUUCUCCAAGCUAAAGACUACAAGAAAGUCACAAGUGAAAUUGGGAAAUGGAGAUAUCGUCAAGACAAAAGGAAAAGAGGUCAAGAAAAACAUUGUGCGAGAGAAGAAGCAGCCGAAGACUCCACAAAGCCGACCUAAUCAAGAAAGAAGUUCAAGACCAAACAUCUA